AUUUUGCACUGUUUGCAGUAUUGUUCUUGCAGAGAGGAGAGUGUGGCAGAGUCGCUGCUUCGUUGAAAUUCCCUUACAGCAAUCUCAAUCAGGUUUCACCAAAUUUUAUGUGAGUGUAAAAUGUGAUUGUGAAAUGGAACUCGGAAACUUGGACUGAAGGAUUAUAAGAAACACCAUUAUGGCGAGAAGGAUGCUUGGGCUGAGCCUGGUUCUGCUGGCCCUGAUAUCAGCACAUCCAACCUCUUCUCAGUCCAACUACGCCCUGCAGGCGAUUGAUGUGGAAUAUGGGAACGGGCUGCCCCCAACGGCAACGUUAGACGGAAAGGUGACCGAAUUGGACUCCUUGAAACCACAGAUCAGUCUCAACCGCACAUCUGCAGAUUUGAAUUGUGCAGCCGGGUCGAUGCAUGUCCAGCUAAAGUUUAAGCAACCUUUUUACGGGAUCGCGUACUCGGACUUUGACAGGUACAGUGCCUGCCACACACAAGGAACUGGGGAUCUGACGGGAGUGCUUGAACUGCCCUUAAAAGGUUGUGGCACUAAACAGGAUCCGGCCCGUGUUUUCACGAACAAUGUUGUCGUACGGUUCCAUCCAGGUUUGGAAAUGGAGGGAGAUGAGGUUAUCACUGUUGUAUGCCGAUAUCCACCCCCAAUUGUGCCAGCACCCCCAAUUCCUCUCAUAAACCUACCCCCACCUGUCCCAACACUAGUACCCAAACCACUAAAUGAGCUUGAAGUACUGAUGAUUAUCUGCACUUUACUAUUCCUUGGCCUGAUGUUACUCGGUCUAGCAUGCUCAACGUACUGCUUGAAACAACGAAACAUUCAAGUCAUCCGGAAGAGACCGUUCACACCGAUCGAUGAUGAGAGUGAGCAGGUGUCGACAAUUGAAUCCUUCCAACAGCUUAAAAUUCCGAGGGUUCAUCCUCCAUCCACCAGUUCGUCGGAACCUCCCAUGGAACAAAAUCUAGCAUCAGACUAUCCUUCAUCUCUGGAUGAACCCAUACCACGACCUGAAACAGCGUCCUCCGAGUACUCUGACACCCACGUUCAAAUUGAGACGGAGACCAUUCCAGCAGCAGUCAUUUCCAAGCAAAAGUUUGAAGUCAACUUACGAGUAGCACAACAGCCAAGGGAACAUAUCGCGUACGAGAGGGAAGGAUCUAUUACAUCCAUUGAGACGGGUACUACUGCUUCUGAGAUCACAGUAUCUGACCUCCAUCCACCCGCACGGCGAGCUCCACCACCUCCUCCAGUCUUUAGAAAGACUCAAGAUAUCCAUUUGCCACAAAGACAUGUGCAAAGCACCGAAUACUUGGACCAUUUGACAGUGGUGGACAGACAAGAAGUCGACACUGCCACGCACUACACCAAGCCUAUUGUCAUUGCCAAGAAGCCUGAGGUCUCUGUACACACAGUUGAUGAUGUCUAUCUUCAGACAAUUGUUGAACGAAGAUUAAUUGAAGAUGAAGAACGAAAAACAAUAGAAGUCACUCAAUUCUACAAGAAAGACCAGCCGAAAUGGGACGUUGUCAUUAAAACUCACCCCACAGAUGACGAUGACAAUUGGGAAAGAGGAUCUGAAACCACAGAAGUUUCAUCAAUUGGAUGGUCGGCAGUGGAGGAACCAACGAUCCACCCGAAUUACACCACAAUUAACAGAGACCAUCUCAUCCGUCGCAACGAAGUUCAUCAUGAAGAAUCCGACCGUGUAACCGUUACCCGAGCUAUGCAAAAACUUCGACAAGACGAUACACAGAUUUGGAACGAAAAGUGGAAAGUUUUACUUCGAGUCUUGGACUCCUCACCCCCACCAGAAUUUCGACCUGACACUGAUGAUGAGUCAGAUGUUGCCUCUGUGUUAACCCAAGAUGACAGAGAUAAAUGGCGUCAGAUUAUAAGCACCGAGUCCACUCUCAGAACUCUUUUAACUGAAGCCACGUACAGAGAGGAUUAUGAAAGAAUCCGAAGGGACACUCGUUACGAGAGACUAUUCGAGCCCGAAAAAUGGGAUGUCAUCAUUCAUGUGUUAGCCCCACCUCAUACAACAACGGAUACAGAGGACCGGUUUUAUUCCGACUCCACGAGUGAAGUGUCGUCCUCUUCAGGCAGUCCCCUAAAGCCCAGUCGAAUGUACAGGAAGAAAUCUUCCGACACCAACAUUACGGAAUCCAGAUCCAUCACCGAUGUUCGCUCAAUGACCGAAAUGACUGUAGACUUUGGCGUUGACGAAAGGAUGGGUGACGACUCGUCUUCCGUAUCAUCCGUUCCAGGGGCUGCCAGGUCCAUUGGCACAGAAAUCGUGGAGUUUGCACCCAUUGAGAUGUCGCAAGGCGGAGGAGGGAUGGAAAGCAGCAAUACUUUCACCCGAAGAGAGACCCGAGUCACCCAGCAAUCCGCAGGGACCUCUUCGUCCACGACCGGCUUUGUCCAACAACAAUCGUCAUCCAGCAGCACUCUGUACUCCACCCGAACGCAACGUCAAUAACUUAAAUAAUAAAAUAAAUGAGUGAAGAAGAGGAGGAGAAAGUCGUUUUGUAAUGUACGUAACCACGAGGUGCCUCCUUCUAAGAUUUUUUUACCAAAAACCAAACAUGGUCCACUAACACAGUAACAAAUGUUCAAAUUUACACGAUAACAUACAAAUCGUAAAAUAGUUUUUAUCUUAGCUAAGCAAAAAAUGAACUAACAGAGCUGCCAUAAUACAUAAUUUACCUGUUUCAGUAGCACACUUUUGUCUCUCGUCUUCUUACCGAAAGCUAACAAGGAAUGGAGUAAACGCAUUUUUAAAGUUCAUCGAAAAGAGUCUUCUGGUCUGGUCCAAUAACUAAAAUACAGUAUUCAUAAUAUUUUAACGAGUAAUCUGUAAUAUGAAUAUAUUUAAUGUAAUAAUAAAAGAUAUAAUUUAGUUAUUUUGUAUCAAGUGGGAGAAUUUAACCAACGAGUAAAACGUUUAAUGUAGUAAAAAGUUGUGGGACUGCGAUUUAACCCGAUGCAAAAAUAAAUAUUCAACAUUUAAAAGCUGGAACCAAA